CAUACUCUGGUCUGAUAUUCAUGUAGUAACAUUGUCCUAAGCCGUGUGCAGUGUCUGUAAAGAUCACUUUCCACCAUGAUGGCCCUGGGAACAUUUCUUCUUUUUGCUCCUUUACUUAUAGUUUCCGCUAAUCAGGCCUUGAUCUACGAUGCUGACUGCAACGAUGCCAAUAUUUUCAAGGCAGUCGAUGUGGCUCUAAAGAGUUAUAACGCUGAAAAUGUGUACGGAAACCUAUUUAUUCUCCACCGGAUCACAGAUGCUAGGAUACAGCCAGAAAGUGAUGGUGUUUUACGUAAUUUUGUUGAUUAUGAAAUACGUGAAGGUGCCUGCAACGUAAAGAGCGGCAAAGAUUGGAAGGAAUGCAACUUGUUUUCAACCAAACUGGCUGUAAAGAAGUGUUCUGCUCAUGUUUUACUCAACAGACAGCUUAAUACAAGUGAAAUUAUCUUCCAGAGCUGUAGUGGCCCUAUUCAUGCUUCAGUAACUGGGGAGGCUGUGGGGAGCUUAAAAUCUGCUGAUCCAAACGACACGGUUGUACUUGAAAUGGUCCAGUUAUCGAUUGACAGGAUGAACAAGUUGGGAAACCAUCCAUUUCAUUUUUCUUUGGAGAAAGUAUUAAAUGCCUGGCGUCAGGUGGUGAGUGGAUGGAAUUUUCAAAUAAACUAUACUAUAAGACAAACCAACUGCUCCAAACGCCAUUUUAAAAAUGCCAGCUCAGAAGAAUGCAGCUUUGAUAUAAAUGGGCAAUCCGGUAAAUGUUCAAGUCAAGUACAUUGGACUCUUCAAGGACAAUUUGAUAUCACUGAAAUGACUUGUACCUCCGAUUCAGGAGUCUGCCUAAACUGUCCUAAUGCUAUUGAAAAUAAUGAUCCAGAGCUAUUGAAUUUGUUAAUGCAAUUUAUUGAUGAAUAUAAUGUCAACAAUAGCCAUCCUGCUCUUUACAAGAUCUCUAAAGUUGUAACUGCAACAGAAGAGGGAUCCCAUCCAAAACAAUAUGAAGUGGAAUUUGAAAUGAAAGAAACAAACUGUUCAAAAGCUGAAUAUGCCAUACUUGGAGAGGAGUGUGAUUUCAUAGACUCACAGACAUUUUUUGAAUGUGAAGUUAAGAUGAUUGUUACCAAGGAAACCGUUGCCCACUCACACGUUUGUUUUGAAACAAAAAAUGCAAGUAUUUAAUUGUAGAACUUUGUUUAUAGUGAAUGAUUAUAACUGAACAUGAAUAUUCACUAAGGUUUGAACUGAGUGUCAAGAAUCAUGAAUUGUAAGUGAAUUACAUAUUUUAGAUCACAAUAGCCAAAAGAAAAUCAUAGCUUUUUUUUUUC